UCCAAUUUUUCUUUCUUUCUUUGAGAAAACUAAAGUGAUUGCAAAUUUCUCAGACCUUGAAACACACACUUUCCAUUUUAAUUGCAGAAAUCCGUUAACGUUUCAGAGAAAGAAGAAAAGUUUUCUCGGAAAAACUAAAAACCAUUCCUCCGAGAAAACGUUGGUUUCAGGGAGGACCACUUGCACUUGACGACCGGUUUUAACUGCGGCGGAGAAUGUAAAGGGCCAAGUAUGUCGUUUAUGGGGAAGAAGGAGAGUAGUCCAAUUUCGCCAUUGAAGAAACGACGAGCCAGCUGGUCGGAACUUUGGGUUAACCAUCACCAUUUACUGUCUUCUUCGCCGCUCGAUUUGGCUUCCAAGUUUCACCCUCCAAUCGCCAAAUCCAAAACCCUACUCCCCGAUUCCUCCAAGACCGAUCUCACGCUUCUCUUACCUGACCUCACCCUCCUCUCAAUCAUCGAAAGGGUACCUAAAUCCCACCGCAAGAAUCUCUCUUUGGUUUGCAAGAGAUGGCAGAGACUCCACGGUCGUCUUGUUCGGUCGGUUAGGGUAUCGGAUUGGAAUUUUCUCGCGUCCGGUCGGCUGAUUUCGAGGUUUCCCAAUCUUGAUAACGUUGAUUUGGUCAGUGGGUGUUUGAUUUCGCCGCCAAAUUCAGGUAUUUUAGUUAACCACAGGCUAGUUUCCUUUACUGUUGGUGUAGGGUCUUACCAGAGUCAGAGCUUCUUUGAGGAGAAUUUGUUGUCUGUUGAAAUGGUUGAUAGAGGGCUGAGAACCCUUGCAGGUGGCUGCCCCAAUCUCCGCAGACUCGUGGUCACAAACACUAGUGAAUUAGGGUUGUUGAAUGUAGCUGAAGCGUGUUCCAGGUUGCAAGAACUCGAACUGCACAAGUGUUGUGACAGUGUUUUGCUUGGGAUUGGUGCGUUUGAGAAUCUGCAGAUCUUGAGGUUGGUAGGGAAUGUCGAUGGUUUGUUUAACUCCUUGGUUUCGGAUAUUGGCCUGAUGAUUCUGGCUCAAGGGUGCAAGAGGCUGGUGAAGCUUGAGCUCUUUGGAUGCCAAGGAGGAUUUGACGGGGUUAAAGAAAUAGCCGAAUGUUGUCAAAUGCUCGAGGAACUCACUGUUUGUGAUCAUAAGAUGGAGUCGGGUUGGCUUGGAGGUCUUCGAUAUUGUGAGAAUCUCAAGACGCUGAAACUGGUGUCUUGUAAAAAGAUUGAUGAGGAUCCUGGUCUAGGUGAGUGCUUGAGUAGUUGUUGUCCUGCGCUCGAGCGGUUGCACUUGGAGAAGUGUCAGUUAAGAGAUAAGAACACCGUAAAGGCUUUGUUUAAGAUGUGUGAAGCAGCGCGAGAGAUUGUAAUACAAGAUUGUUGGGGAUUGGAUAAUGAUGUCUUCAGCUUGGCAAUGGCUUUUGGGAGAGUGAAGCUUCUGUAUCUAGAAGGAUGCUCAUUGCUAACAACAUCAGGUCUAGAAUCCGUGAUUCUACAUUGGCACGAGCUCGAACAUCUGAAAGUGGUUUCGUGCAAGAACAUAAAAGAUUCAGAAAUCUCGCCGUUGCUUUCAGCUUUGUUCUCGGACUUGGUAGAAUUGCAGUGGAGACCAGACACCAGAUCCCAUCUCUGCUCAAGCCUUACAGGGGCUGGGAUUGGGAAAAAAGGCGGAAAGUUUUUCAAGAAAACAUGAAAGUUUAUUACGAAUUCUCAAUACUGUUUCACUUGAAUGCUUUUUGAAGCUUUAUUAGGUUCUCUUUUUUUCUUUCUUCUCUUCCCGUUGAACAGAAAAGCAACUGCUGUAAAUUUCUGCUUUGUAAUCAGAAGUUUUCGUGGCUCCGGGAUCGCUAUUUUACCUUACUUUCCCUCUGGAAGAGAGUCGUGAUUAAUUA